CGAGGCAUGUGAAGUGGUAGAUAUCCAUUCCAUUACAUAUAAAAGACUACCAACAAAGAUCGUGUGGAUAUCUCUGCCACCUUAAAGCAUUCUGUGAGUAUGGAACAACCUCUGGAUGUCAUCAUUAUUGGUGCCGGCAUCUCCGGCAUCAACGCUGCCUAUCGUCUGAAGUCUCAGAACCCUAAGCUUCGCUAUGUCAUUCUCGAAGCCCGCAGUAACCUAGGGGGCACCUGGGAUCUCUUCAAGUAUCCCGGGAUUCGCUCUGAUUCGGAUCUCUUUACAUUUGGCUUUUCUUGGAAGCCAUGGGACCAGGGAAACCCCAUCGCCGACGGGCCCUCCAUUGUCAAGUACAUGAACAAUGCGGCUGAGGAGCAUGGUGUAAAGAAGCAUAUUCUCUUCGAACAUCGUCUUCUCGGCGCGGACUGGUCGUCGACGGAGAACACCUGGUCUCUGAGCGUCGAGCAUGAAGGCCGAACCAAGCCAUUCUCGGCUCGGUUUAUAGUAUUUGGUACCGGGUAUUACGACUACCACACGCCUCUACAGAGUGAAAUCCCGGGGCUGGACAAGUUUCAGGGAGAGGUCAUCCACCCACAGUUCUGGCCCGAGGACUUAGACUAUAGCGGCAAGAAAGUUGUCAUCAUCGGUAGUGGUGCGACUGCUAUAACACUCCUUCCCAACCUAGCCGAGAAGGCUCAGCAUGUUACCAUGCUUCAGCGCAGUCCGACUUAUAUCCUUUCUCUCCCGAAUCAAAACCGUUCAUGGUUGAGCUAUAUUCUCCCCGCAGCCGUCGAUCGCAAAAUCCAGCGUUUGAGAUGGCUACUCUCUUCGCGCCUGUUCUUCCUCUUCUGCCAGGCCUUCCCAACAGUCUCCCGAUUCAUUCUCCGUUUGUCCGUCUCCCGCCAGCUGCCGUCACAUAUUCCUUUCGACCCUCAUUUUCGUCCGCGAUACAAUCCUUGGGAUCAGCGUCUUUGCGUAUGCCCCGAUGGUGACUUCUUUAAGAGCUUGCACACCGGUCGUGCAGAUGUGAAGACCGACACCAUCCGCGAGGUCACAGCCUCUGGCAUAGCCCUCGACUCGGGAGAGAAGCUGGACGCCGAUCUGAUCAUCACAGCCACUGGCCUGAAGCUACAACUUGCGGGCGGAGCCUCGCUCACGGUUGACGGCAUCCCUCAAUAUAUUCCCGAGAAGUACAUCUGGCACGGAGUCAUGUUGCAAGACCUUCCCAAUGCUGCUUUUGUCAUCGGCUACACCAACGCAUCUUGGACAUUGGGCGCUGACGCCACCGCGCAGUUCCUCUGCCGACUUCUCAAGGAAUUGGAUCAACGGGGCGCCAAAGCCGUCGUGCCACGGUUGAGUCCCGCCACUGCAAAAGAGAUGCAACCACGUCGACUGCUGAAUCUCAAUUCUACCUACGUGACUAAGGCAGAGCGGCACCUACCCAAGGCGGCUGACAGGGGACCAUGGCUGCCAAGGGAUAAUUAUCUCGAUGACAUCAAGUUUGCGAAGAAAGGCCGGAUCGACGAGGACAUGGAGUUUUUGGGUGAGAAGAAAUUGCUGUAGCUUGGAUAUAUGAAUCCCCCCUUUUCCAUUCGAGUUAAGAAGAUUGAGAGGUUUCUGUUUGUUUGUUUAAACAUGUUUAUAGCCACGUCUUACGAAUGUCG